AAGUAAGCCCUGGCUUGCCUUUUACAGCCUCGAUCGCUGUUGAAGCACCACGACCUCUUCCCCAACCUGACAUCGAGAAUUGAGACGCGCCCGGUGCCAUCAACGCACCCGUUGCAAGCAGACGACAAUGGCGAAACGCAAAGCAGCUAAUGAUGCGGGCGGAACGAAGAAGAAAGGCAAGAAAAACCAAGAGCCUGACGGUAAGUUUGAUCUCCCCAUGCCAUGCCAGGCAGGCCCAAUCUUCAUCUGCAAUGGUGGUGGUGUUGUUGUUGUCGCUGUCGACGAGGAGAGCUUGGGCCAAUUGUGGCUUGUUGGAGAGCACUGGAGGGGUAAUCCGAGGACGUGGUGGCAUAAAUGCGGGCGCAUCCAUUGCAGCCUACACAGCACAACCUCGCCGGCUUGGCUUUACUUGCAACCUACAUCAAUCUUCGUCUCUCUCGUCGAAACCGCAACAAUCGGUACUUCCUCAAAGCCUCUCCCAAGAAGUCGGCUCACAUCGAACAAUCACCUUUGGCUACUCUGUCUGCCGCCGCCGCCUCCGUACCCCACAGUCCAAGUAUCCACCGAUCGAUCGACCGACCGACUUUCGCACGACUAUACUUCCAUCUCGCCCCGAUACACUUCACCAAACGUCAGUCUUUCUGACGCAAUCAUGCCUUCAGGAUACAACACCCAGCAGAGGAAUGCGAUUCAGCAGUUCCAGCAGUUCUCCCAGGCGGAUCGGAAUAUGGCCGUGCGGUUCCUGAAGAGCGCAAACUGGGACCCUCAAGCGGCAGUGAAUGCUUUCUUUUCGAGCAAUGGAAACGCGGGAGGAGGCGCCUCCACCGCAAUGAAGAACAACCUGACCAAGAUGUUCGACGCAUACAGGGAGGAUCCAGCCAACGCACCAGACACUGUCGGAACCGAAAAUACAAUGAACUAUUUCGGGGAGCUCGGUGUCGAAUUCGAGGACUUAGAUGUGCUGAUUGCAUCCGAGUUGAUCCAAGCACCGACAAUGGGAGAAAUGAGCCGCGAAGGAUUUGUGAAUGGAUGGUCGGCUGUGAACUGUGAUACCCUUGACAAACAAAAGGCGCACAUCAAGUUCCUCAAGCAGACCUUGCCAGCUGACAAGGACGCUUUCACCAAAGUCUACAAAUACACGUUUCUAGCCGGUAAGACCGGGGGCCAGAAAGCUGUAGCGUUGGACACAGCCAUAACUUUCUGGGAGCUGCUAUUCAGCUCGUCCAUCUCGCAUAUCAAGUGGAAUGCUCCGGGCUCCCCUUGGCUCGCAUGGUGGAAGGAGUUUCUUGAGUCCAAGUGGAAGAAGAGCGUCAAUCGCGACAUGUGGAAUCAGACGCUUAAGUUCGCAGAGCUGACGCUGGAGGACGAGACGAUGGGUUUCUGGAACGAGGAUUCUUCUUGGCCAUCGGUCAUUGAUGAGUUCGUGGAGUGGGUCAAGAUGGAGAAGCGAGGCGGCAGCAGCGCCCAGCCCGAUGCGAUGGAGUAUUAA